AGACAGAAAUAGUACGUCUGAUCUUUUCUAGUGUCCGAAGUUAGCCGAAGCACGGAGCUUAUAUGUAGCUUGCGCAUGUUGCGGCUUUCCUCUCUCACACUGCUUGCUGUUUGCGUCUCAAAUCUGGCGUCACUGGAAUAGUUUAUGGAUGGAUAAUGUGCUGAAACAAAUAAAACUUCAAAGGAUAUCUGUGCAGAUUCAUUUAUUUUUUAUGUGAUCAAGUCUGCUUCGUAACAUUGGAAAUUUUUCAACGAUUGUCUACCUGGUCAGAAAUCCUUUUGUCAAUUCUAACUUACGCAACUUCGGUGAAUUCUUAGGGAGUGCAAACUAAAGAGCAGAGAUGUCUACAAGCAAAGGAGCAACAAAAUUUCUAGAAGAAAAGAGUUCUGUGAAUUUAAUGGAAAAGAAAAGCAAAAUGCGCAUCCAACCACAUUUUGCCAAACACACAGAGUCAUCUCUAAGGAAGACAAAGAUACCAAUAAAAUUAAACAAAAAAUUGUCAAUAUUGGAAGCAACAAAAUUGAAGAAAUUACAAGAAAAUUUGGCUUUCAGCAGACUAAACGGAAUUUCUAAAAAGCGAAACAAAAUCGUGAGACAGAGUCAAAGCAUGAAAGCACUAAAGACAAUUCUGAAGCAAGAGAAGCAACGUCGUAUGUCUGAUGUUCUUCAAGAUAACAAGAUAACGGAAACAGUCUGCCAAUCUAAGCAAUAUACGGAAAAUCUGUUGGUUUCCCUCCAGGGGGAUUUGAUUAAAUAUGUCUCUCUCGAUCCUAAAAAAUGCGCCAAAAGUCUGUCUAAGUCGCAGGCUCUUCAAGAUGAAAUGAGCUCUUUAAGAAGUUCAUCUGUAUAUCCUCAGGAUGACUCAAAAAGUAUUUCCAACUGUUCUAAAAAUUGUACAAUCUUAAACAUUAGUUAUAAGCUUCAGUCGCAAUUGAACGGUGAUGAAGAAAAUUCCGCAAAUUCCUAUUGCAAAAUUGAAGUCCUUCAUCAAAGUCCUUCCUCUAGAUUCGAGAAACCUACAGAAAAUCCUACAGAAAAAUCUACAGAACCUACAGAAUCUACAGAAUCUACAGAAUUUACAGAAUCUAUAGAACCUACAGAACCUACAGAAUCAAUGGAAUCUACAGAAUCUACAGAACCUACAGAAUCAAUGGAAUCUACAGAAUCUACAGAGCCUACAGAAGAUUGCUCUAAGAUCGAAGAGCAAAUGUUUCAACAAAACGUGUCGAUGAAUCUAAACGCCGCAACAAAUUGCAGACGCGCACAGGAAACUUUAACAAACGAAAAAAUUGAAGUACAGAGUGAACCCAAUUUGCAAUUAACUAGAAACUCGAAAUUCAUCAAACUUAUCGAUUAUUCGAGAAACGAAGAUAUCAGAUCGGUUAUAAACAAUGAUGAUGUGAUGUUUAGCAGAAAGAAAGGUGUUCUUCAAAAAAAUUUUGCUUUUGUCAAAGCUCAACAAGCUUGGAGACCACCUAGCGCCAUAAACUCUUCGCAUAUAGAAAGCAUGUAUGUGACAUCUUCGAUGCAGCCAAUGUUGCGGAAGCCAUAUCGAUCAACUGGAAAAUACGUUUCUCCGAUGAAGAAUAAAUAUGCAUCAAUUGAAUAUGCUGAGUCAUUUGAUAACGAGUUGAGUGCAUCCAUGUUGACAAAUCAGUCUAAAGAGAUGAAGGAGAAUAGAGAUCCUUGCAUAAAUCAUGUGACAAAAACCUGUGAAUCUCUCAUGAAACUGAAACAGCAGCAGAUUCUACAAAGCACAGAAGAAGUGCCCAGAAGAAAAAAAUCGGCCAACAAAGUUGACUCAAAGGUUUCGAAAAAAUAUAACGAUGGAAACCCGAAAAAAUCGAAGUCGGAAUCAGAAUCGCGGUAUUGGCAAACGCGAUUAAUCACACGGACAAGAUCUUCAAAAACCCGGAACGACAUUGAACAGCAUCAACCCGAUUCCUCCCAGAUUAGAAGAAUGAAACCUUUGGAGGUGAUCCCAGCACUGAAAGGUAAUAUUAAAAAUAUAAAGGAACACGUGGAUGAAAACGCUGUGAGUUCGAUGGUUGGCAUGUUGAAUCAUGAAGAAAUCAAGUUUUCAACAUUGCCUAAUAAGAAACCUUUCUCAAAAAUAAUACGAAAAAUUAAUCCACGUUUUACAAAAAAUAAAAACUUGAAUGAAGCGAAUCAAUCUGUUAACAAAUCUUAUAAAUCGGUUAGCACGCAGGUGGAAUUAAAUUCCUUUUUACAUCUCAAGAUUGAUUCUAAAAACAGUCUCGAUUCGAAAAAAAUUUUCAAGUCAACGCAAACUAUCGCGACGCAGACAUCGUCUUGCCGUAACAAAAGUGUCGUAGACGUCAGAUGCAAUACAACGGUAUGCGAUGUCACUUACAAGAAUGUGGGAGUAUUCUGUGAUUUGAUAGACUUGACGAAUAUGGAAGUAAAGACUGAUUCAACCGCGAUUCAAAACAAGUCGGUAUCAGAAGAUAUUCCAAUUCAAACGAAUGAAUCUUUGUUCACUGAAUCUGUCGAAAUUAACGCUGAGAAUAAAUGUCCCAACGACAGCGAGAAAACACUAACUACAGAAAUGAGUUUAAAAUUAGAAGACUAUGUCGGCGUGGAAAAUGACGCCCAAUGCGAAGAUGUGCUCGUGUCAGAAUUAGAAGAGAAUAUAGCUAGUCAGAUGAUUGCGCCUUUUGAAUUCACAGCGGAACGCGCGCGCAAUCUUUAUAAAGCCAUCAUUAUAUAUCAAAGCUUAAUGUCGAGAAAAUUUGAAAGGCGCCAGGAAAAAUAUGCACUUGAGGUGUGGGAUGAGAGUUUUGAAAUGAAUAGGAGGGGCAAAGCUUUGGCGCUUCCUAUGGCGACUAAAAAAAUUUCGAUUGUCUCACGCGAAACUACUUUUGUUUACUACGUUCUAUGCAUUUUGCUGGUUUGGUGUUUGCAAUUAUUAUUUAAGUGCGAUUCCGUCAUGUAAUCUUUAUGUUUUUUUUGCGUUACAUUCAGACCCUAACAUUUUUCAUUGAUUUUAAUUAUUAACAUGAUAUAUUUUUAAAAUAUUUCUUCUUAGUUUGUAAAAGAAAACUUUC